AUGUGGAUCCAAAUCUUCGUUUUCAAGAAAAUAGAAGCACCCGCUGAGAAUAGCCAAGAAACGCCUAGUCGUGUGCCCAAGGUUACUAUUUCGAUUCCUAGCCAAGAACGAACCAAGCCUUCCAGCCCGUCGGAUAGUGAUGCCGAGUCGGAUGUCCUGUCUCCAGACCUCAGCUUGAGUCGCUUCGACACACUGCGGUCACGGAAAGCAUCCACAAGAAGUGCAGUCUCUAUCGUCACCAGCGUUCGGAGUAUGCAGCUUGACAUGGAGGAUCUCCGUGCCAAACCGACCCCGAUGUCAAAACUGUUCUACUUUAACAGAGACAAGUGGGGAUUUUUCGCCUUGGGACUCAUCGCUUGUAUCGUUACUGGUACUGUCACGCCGGUAUUUGCUGUUUUGUACGCACAGAUUAUACAGGUAUACUCGGAACCUGUGGAUCAGAUGAAAAGCGAUGUGAUGUUCUGGUGUGGUGCAUUCAUUGUUAUUGGUAUCGUACAUGCGUCUGCGUUCUUCUUCUUCAGCAAUCUGUUUGGGUCGUUGUGGCGAAGCGUUGACGAAAAAAUUACGUUUCGAGGCGUUCAAGAAUCUUCUCCGACAAGAUGUGGGAUUCUACGACGACAUCCGGCACGGGACCGGCAAACUUUGCUCGACGCGUAUUUUGAAGAGUUGUACGCACUUUCUCCCGAAAACCCUCUUUCGAAGGUGUUCACUCGUCUUCCGGGCGUGAUCUCAUCAGCAGUGACCAUUGUUGGAGCGUUGGUCAUUGGGUUCGUUUUCGGAUGGCAGCUGGCUUUGAUUCUCAUUGUCAUGGUGCCUCUAAUUAUUGGCAGUGGAUACUUCGAAAUGCAAAUGCAGUUCGGUAAGAAGAUGCGGGACACAGAACUUCUGGAGGAGGCCGGUAAGGUCGCAUCUCAGGCUGUGGAAAACAUCCGCACCGUACAUGCCCUGAAUCGCCAAGAGCAAUUUCAUUUCAUGUACUGUGAAUAUCUGAAGGAACCUCAU